AUGAAUCAAGAGAAUGAUGAAUCUACCUCAUUAUUAUCAUCAAGAAGGCCAUCAAAUUAUUUUCUAGAUUCUUCAAAAAUUGGUUCAUUUAAAGGUCCAAAUUCUUUUCAAAAUUUUGCAAAUUCUUUUACAAGAGCUCAAUCAUUUGCUGCUUCUAAAAUAGAUAAUGAUAUUCAUAAAAAGAGAAGUUUUUUUGUAGAAAAUGGUGGUGCAAGUCCUUCAAGAAAUGGAAAUGGAGGAAUUGGUGAAGAAGAUGAAACUUUUGAUCCUGAAUUAAUGAUUCCAUCAUAUCGCGGUGAAAGAUUAAGUACAGUUAUAAAUGAUUUACAUUCAAGAAAUCAAUUAUUUAUGAAUAAUCCAAUGAAUGAAAUUGAUUCAAUUAUUUCACCAAGUAAUAAUGAUGUUUUUUAUCAUGAUGAUAUUGUAAAUGCUAUAAAUGAUUCAAAAUCAAGAAGAGGUUCAGAAUAUAAUUUUAAUAAUAAUAACAGUAGCCAAGGUAUACCUAUUGGUAAAAAAAUUCAUCCUCAAUUAUCUUUUUCAAGUUUAAAAAGUAAUUUUUCAAUAACUCCAAGUAUUAUAACUUUAAAAAAAAUUGAAGAUUCUGAUGGUAAUAUAGUUACCGUGUUGGCAGGUCAAUCAACUGUACCACAAACUGUUUUUAAUUCUGUUAAUGUAUUGAUAGGAGUUGGAUUAUUAGCAUUACCUGUGGGAUUAAUGAAAGCAGGAUGGAUUUUGGGAUUACCAAUUUUAAUUAUAUGUGGUAUUACAACUUAUUGGACUGCUACAUUAUUAUCAAAAUCAAUGGAUACUGAUGAUACAAUAAUGACUUAUGCAGAUUUAGGAUAUGCAGCUUAUGGAUCAACUGCAAAAUUAAUUAUAUCACUCCUUUUUUCAAUUGAUUUAAUUGGAGCUGGUGUAGCAUUAAUUAUUUUAUUUAGUGAUUCAUCUUUGGGAGUUGUUACUGAUAAUAAUACAACUAACAAAAUUAUUACUUUCUUCAUAUUAACUCCUUUUACUUUUUUACCAUUACCUGUAUUAUCAAUUUUUUCAUUAUUAGGAAUAAUUUCAACUAUAUCAAUUACAUUAAUAGUAACAAUUUGUGGAUUUUUAAAGAGUACAUCACCAGGUUCAUUAAUUGAAAUAAUGCCAACAAAUUUGUACCCUCAAAAUUUUAAGAGUUUAUUAUUAGCUAUUGGAAUAUUAAUGGCACCAUUUGGUGGACAUGCAAUUUUUCCCAAUCUAAAAAGUGAUAUGAGACAUCCUCAAAAGUUUACAAAUUCUUUAAAAUUUACAUAUUUUAUAACUUUAUUAACAGAUUGUUCAAUGGCAAUAAUUGGUUUUUUGAUGUUUGGUUUCAAAUGUAAUAAUGAAAUUACAAAUAAUUUGUUAGAUACAGUAGGUUAUCCUAAUUGGUGUUACCCACUAAUUAAAGCAUUAAUUUGUAUUAUACCAUUAGCUAAAACUCCAUUAAAUGCAAAACCAAUAAUUUCUUCAUUAGAUGUAUUAACUGGAGUAAAUAAAUUAACAAAAUCAAAUUUCAUAAAUACAUUGAAAUCAGUAAUAAAAUUCAUAAUAAGAAUUGGAGUUAAUUUAAUAUUUGUCAUUUUAGCUAUUUUAUUUCCAGAAUUUGAAAAAAUUAUUGGUAUAUUAGGUGCUUCAAUUUGUUUUAUAAUUUGUAUUAUAUUACCAUGUUUAUUUUAUUUAAAAUUAUGUCAAUCACAAAUUAAUUGGGGUUAUAAAAUUUGGUUAUAUUUUGUUGUUUCAUUUUCAUUUAUUUUAGCUAUAUUGGCUUCAUAUGCUGUUAUUACUUAUUAG